CCCGUCGCCAUGACAUCCCCGCUGGCUUGUGUGUUGCUCUGCCUGGCAUGCGCUCUGCGCGGUGCGUGCGCUGCCGCCAUGGGCGGCGCAGAGCCGCCGGCGGAACCAGAGGAGCCCAAAGACCCACGCUGCUGCGCCGUCAACAACGAAGCGGACGAGCGCGAUUUUAUUCUCAAAGGCAAAGCCUUAUACGCAUCUGGCUGUUAUGAAUCAGAUGUCCUUGUCGAUGAUGAAGGAAAUUUUGAAGGGGAAUUCAGCCCACUAAUAGAUCUGGAUGUAGAUUUACCGGUGUACUACUCAUUAGAAAUGAGCAAAGAUAAUGAUUUUACACCCAUUGCGGGUGGCACUGACACUAUGCAAGGAAUGCUCGACAAAUACGCAAGCGUGGUAGCAAACAUCAACUGUUAUCUGAACAAGCCUUUUGAGCUUCCUAUGCCCAAACCAUCCGAGGCGAUAAAAGUCAACAAAUGCUCAGUUUUCGCGAGACAGUUCCCCAAAGGAUUUGAAGAAGGGGAAUACAAAGUGGUAGUCAACCAAACUUCACCAAAAGGGGAAGAAUAUUGUGGACUAAUAGAAAUUUUCUUUGAACUGGAAAAUAAAUAGUAGAAAAAUCAAACAACUAUCUUAAAAAAAAACAACUAAAUUUUAUACUCCAUAUGAACUGCGUGCAGAAAUAUCUCACUUGUAGUUUAUAACUUGGCUUUUAUGAAUAAAUAUUGUAACUGUCUCUUCACAGUGUAAGGUGGAAGUGAAA